AAAAGCGUUUAAAAGCGCCAUUUUGAACGACGACUAAGACUAUUUCUUUCAAAGUGAACCCGUCACGCGAGUGGAAAGCUAUCUAUGAAGUUGGGUUACGAAAGCUAUUCAAAGACAAUGAGGCUAGGACUUUCCUGUUUUGAAGAAAUAGAGCCACAAUGGGGGAUUUGGAUGAUCAUGAAGAGCCCUCACGAACCCCUCUUCAAGAGACUGGUGGUCGACAAGUUUUGGAGGAAACCCAACAACAAGCAAAUGAAGCUGAAAUUCCAUCGGCAACAAAGAAGCUGGCCGAACGCAUAGCAGCCCUGCUGAUAUUUUUGUAUAUCUUAUUUAAGAGACCCAGAGCAUUUGUUUGCACCACAGCGCGUACAGUGGUUCAAUGUUUGCAAAUACCAUCAGUUAACGUUAAAGAACGAGCCCAAAUGAAACAUGUCGGCAACGAAAUUAAAGAUCAACUAAAGGAAAUCUGCCAGGAGGAAAGCAAAUUGAAGGAAAAGGUGGAAGAGUUUGUCAACCUCCGUCGCCAUUCAACCAACGACUUGAUAAGAUGGGAACAGGAUUUUAGGAUCUUAAGGGAUCGUUUAGCCAAAUGUGGAGUCGAUAUUGACAGUUUACAAGAAUUGGUGACGAGAGUGCUAACAGAAGCGCAAACUGCGGUCAAUUGGGCGAUCUUUCAAAUAAACGGCACGGGGCUUGUCCUCGCAGGUGCAGUGUUUGGACAUUGCUAUUAUUGGGCUUCCAUGCCAGGCCUUUGGGAAGGUGGUACGUUGAUCCUAGUGUUGAUUUACCUCUUACGCAAGGUUCAAGUGUAUCACAUCAACAAUCAGAUGGUCCAUGAAGGCAACCGAGUCACAGGCGAAUUGGAAGAAUCCAGGCGCUGUUACAUGAAAAGCAAAGUAACCAUAGGGGACCAACCAAAGGAGGGGACCUUGCUCUCUUUAAAAGAGAUGGUGCAUAAAAAGAUUAAAAGCGAGUGAUUUGAUUUGCAAAAGGCUCCAAGAGGCUAGGUUAGAGAAUUCUAGGUAGCCUUAUUCGAAACAAAUGGUUGCACAAUAAACUUACUCCUGGCUGUAAAAAAAAAAUAAAAAACUCAAAAUCUUGAAGCGAAAGUGAGAAGAUGCCUUGAAACCUUCUUCCCUUCUUCAUACGUUGUGCAACAGUGAUUUUGCUAGAACUUAGCUUGUUGUUUUUCCAGUUUGCAGUUGGAGUUCUCAGUGAACGAAAAUAAUUAGAAUUCACACGAAUAGAAUACCACGAGGAGGCCUCUUGGAGUUAAAUGAACGACUCGAAUCAUCAUGCUUAAUCAAGUAAACCUGAAACAUAACUCACAAAGUUAACUCAUAACUCAUAAACCUCGAGAUAACUCUCAUUCAGGGACGUUUAGAGUUAAAGAUAUAUGGAUAUAGCUACUUUGCAGUCUUAUAAAUUAGUAAUUAAGGAGUAAAGUUGGAUAGCCUUAUAUACCAUGACUGGCCGAGUUUACGCAGCCACAAAAUGCUAGUUGCCUUCUUUCACCUUUAUCCGCGCAACAUAGUAGAAACACGAAGCGACCAUUGCGAGUAUGAAACAAUUGAAGUCAGACUCUAAACAAUGUAUAUGAUGUUAAGUGGUGUAGCUAAUAUUAUUUAGACAAACUGUUUCUAUAUUACUCGAUAAAUAUAUUUAUAGGAAUAAACAAGGUGCAGAAGGCUUCCAACAUUGUAUUUUUUACUUUCUUAUUGACUGAUCUAUUUGUUUCAAAGUCCCUUUGAUUGUCGUAAAUCAUAUUUAUAAACCAGCUGACACGUAACUAUUAACACGUAACUAGGUAUAGCUAUAGGUUAAAAUGCAGAUGAAAAAUGUUAGACAAUACAGAUCGCUGACGAUGGAUUCUGCUUUUGUAUGUUUUUAAGCAUCUUUUGAAUAACUUACUCGAUUGGUGUUGAGAAAUAAAGGGAAAUGUAUAUCAAAUGGACCUGAGGGAAGUUCCCCAGUCAGCUUCGUUGGUUUUAUUUCAACUAGGUUUUUCAGUUUUUGGUGUUGAGAGACAGUCGGGAGAAACUCUUCCAAAAUGAGAGAACUUAUUAUCUUAUCAAUUCAGUUAGUGAUACUGGUGCGGAAAACAAAAAAACUGCCUUUCCUGGGACGAGCUAACGUUGCGAAGGAGAACAUGUCAUAUGGCAAGUCUACUUCGUUUCAUAACUGUUGAAAAGCGGCGAGGAAGAAGACAUGUCUGUUAUCAGGCUGAAAAGGGUCGAGGAACAGCUGCUUGUGCAGUUAUCGAGCUGGUGUAAAAGUAUAGAGAACAUUUAAAAGCAAGAAAGAGAGAUCGACCCAGCAGUGGGUAAAGCAGCUAUAGGCCCAACAAGUCGAAAAACAGCAAAACAAUUUAUCCGUCAAGCGUAAAAUUUGAGCUAAAUUCAAUUGCGAAGAGCACAAAAGAUGCUGUUGGGUCUGGCGUAACACUUUUCAAGAGAAAGAUGUAAUCAGCAGUGCUGAUUGCUAUUAAAACUACCUGUUUAUCUUGAUAUGAGUAAUCAAGUAACACAAUUGUAACAAAAUAUUGGAGAAACUAUACCAUUAUAUAUCCUAUUAUAACAUAAUAUCAUAUAUUAUAUUAGGUAUUAUUAAAACCUGGAUCAUUGGAUAAUGCAAUUCAGGACUUUUUAGUGGCUUAGCCAUUACGGUAUAUGAGCCAAUAUACCAUAAUCUAAUAUCUGUACAUUGUAACAUCCGGUUUCUUCUUACAAAAUAAAGUCGAG